UCGUGGAAUCUGGGGGGCCAUGGUGUCGUGAUAACGAGGGCUGGGUGUGGUGUCUACUCGCUACCGUCUGUGUGCUCGCUGAUGCUCUUGAACCAUCGAUUGAACCGUGCACACUAUCUCGUCUCUCUUGCCGCGACUGUCUUUCUUCUUUCGGGUUGACAUACAAUGAGUUUGCCUGCCAAGUUUACUGAUCAUCGUCGCGUCCGUCAUAGGAAUACUUCGCCAAGUCUGCUGGUCCCGUCAAGCGGGUUAUGCUUACUUACAACCAGAACGGCACAAGCCGGGGAAUUGCCUCGAUCGUUUUCAGCAAACCGGACACCGCCGCCAAAGCUGCCAAGGAGCUCAACGGACUUCUUGUUGACAACCGCCCGAUGAAGAUUGAGGUUGUUGUCGACGCUUCUCAUGCGCCCGCGGUUCCCGCCCCCAAGCCACUUACGGAGCGUGUUGUCCAAUCCAAGUCUCAACCUAAGCCAGCCACUGCCACAAAGGCUGCCAGUGCCGGUAAGGGACGCCCGGCUCGUGGCCGUCGUGCCCGUAACCCCAAUCGCCCCAAGCCCAAGACCGCGGAGGAGCUAGACGCCGAGAUGGUUGAUUACUUUGCCAAUGAGAACACCGGUGCCGCCGAGAGUGCUGCGCCUACCACCGGAGCGGCCGCCCAGCCUGCAGCUGGUGGCGAGGAUAUGAUGGCCGAGAUUUCGUAAUUGUGAAGAUAAUUAUUGCAGAGUUGGUCGAGAAUCGACCGCGUCCUGUUUUCAGUUUUGACACUUUUUUUUCUCUUGAAUGUCUAACUUACUAUUCGGGUUGUCUUUACGCUUAUGUUUCUUUCUUCUUUCUUUUUUGAGGGCCGCUCGGGGGAAUGCAUGUAUUUAAUAUCAGAAUGAACUGUUCUAAUAAC